ACAGGUUUUAGCUGUUGUCUCUUAGCAUGUUAGCAUGUCAGCAGCGGUUACCGGGCAGUCUUUCUCCCGGUGUUUGUGUAGUUAAACAUUCUGACCGGAGAUCUGUGGCGACCGGAAAACAUGAAACACGGACAGAUAGAGGGAGACAGAGAGGAGCAGAGGGCUUGUUACCCAGAAUCCUUUGAGGUUGGCGCCUCUGAGCAGCAACUCUUUGAGGAGGUGGAGGUUAAGGUGGAAGAAGGCGAUGGUGAUGAAGACUAUCGUCAGGAUCCAGACUUCACGUUCAAGGAGGAGGAAGUUGAUGAUGGCGAUGUAGACUGUUGUCAGGGUCCAGGCCUCAGAUUUAAGGUGGAGGAAGAGGAAGAUGAUGAUGAUGAUGAUGAAAACUUCCGUCAGGAUCCGGACUUAAGUUUUGAGGUGGAGGAAGAGGAUGAUGGUGAUGUAGAGUCCUGUCAGGAUCCAGACUUUAGUCCUCAUCAGAAAGCCAGGAGGAGAAAUCCGUCAUCGUCACAGAGCAGCGGCGGGAAGGCAGGUGGCAAGCUGAGAGCCCGGGCAGAUGUUAAAGUGAGGAAGGAGCAUCAGUGUAACGAGUGUUCGAAGAGCUUCGACCGUCCGAGUCGUCUGAGGAUCCAUCAAAGGACUCACACCGGUGAGAAACCGUUCGAGUGCUCUGACUGUGACAAACGCUUUAAGAGUAAAUCCAUCCUGUCAGCUCACCUGAAGACUCACGGUGGCGAGCGGCCAUUCUGCUGUCACGAGUGUGGGAAGUGUUUCCUACAGAGGCAGGCGCUGGUGGAGCACAUGAGAACUCACACUGGCGAGAGGCCCUUUACCUGUCAGCUCUGUAGCCUGAGCUUCUUUGCUAAGAGCCACCUGCAGCGCCACCUGCUGACCCACACAGGUGAACGCCGCCAUCAGUGUGUGGAAUGCGGGAAGUGCUACAAGAGGAAGGAGCACCUGAGCAGUCACAUGCGCGUCCACAGCGGCGAGCGUCCGUUCAGCUGCAUGGACUGUGGCCGCAGCUACAGAGAGCGAGGACGCCUCCAGCUGCACCUGAGGACGCACACAGGUGACAGCAAACGCCAUGCCUGCACGCUCUGUGGCCUGCGCUUGGUGUCGGCCAAUCACCUGCAGAGACACAUGCAGACACACGGUGGCGAGCGGCCGCACCGCUGCCCUGACUGCAGCAAAUGCUUCAGCAGGAAAGACAAGAUGAUGGAGCACAUGAGGAUCCACACCGGAGAAAAACCAUACCAGUGCUCCAAGUGUCAGCUCAGCUUCAGGUGGAGGGCGGCACUCAACGCCCAUAACCAUACUCACUCUGUGGAGAAAGAGUAGCUCUGAUUGGACAGCCAGGACUCAGGCUGAGAUUUAAUCUGCACUUUACUGGACCACAGUCAGGUGAUAUUUUCACCUGUAAAGAAUCAGAAGUUCAACACACACCGCAUGCCUUUUAGAGUCAGGAGAAGAAGUCCAGGUACAGAAGAGGACAGUUGGUUUUUAUUAGAAAUUAAAACUUCCCUGAAUGUGGGACAACAUGUCGACUGCAGAGACUUUUUCUUUUCUUGUUAUUUACGUGACAACGCCUGAAUGCAACACAGGCUCCACUCUAAUUGAGUGUGUGAAGACUGCCGUGCUGCGGUGCUGUGCGAGCGGCGUGUUUGACUGUGCGUAACAGCAGUCUUUUGAUGGUCAGGAAAAUGCGGCCCGAGCCGUGCUCUAGUGUGCUCAUCUCUGUGUGUGACAGAAAUGACAUGCCAUCGUGUAAGUAAGAUAAAUAACAUAGGGCUGUUUAGUUUGUUUAAUAAAAGGAUAAGAUAUAGACCUGUUCUAAGGUAACCUAAACCUUGUCCCCUUCAUAGUUAGGGAAGGGAUAUGAGCCAAACUAAAAACUUAAAGUACACAUCAAAUUAAUUUUUCCCAAAGAUGUUUUUUGUUGUUUUGGGUAUCAUGCUGAUGUUCAGUUGUUUACAUCACCAGUGCAAGAUGGUGGUGCCUGUAUCCAGGAUUUUUUGGCUUCAUUUUUGUACAGUGAGAGGAAGUGGAAACAAGUCAUCUAUCUUUAUAUACAGUCUGUGGAUUAAACAGUGUGUAAAAUUAAGGAGGUUCGAUUCACAGCUGUCCUCCAUCACAGUGUUCUGCUGUAUUUGUACUGUCAGUAUCUCAGAGAACUUCAAAGACGGUUAAUGUUUGGAUGCACAUUUCCUUUUAUGCGUCAAUAUGUCUGUUUCUGUACAGGCAUUUGUUAAUUUAUGAAUCAACCUAUUUCAGUGAUGACUAAUGAGUUCACAGAGUUUUUUUAGAUAUUGAUUAAUCACUUUUAUUUUAAAACCAACACACUGACAAAGAGUCUCUGUUAUGUUACUUCAAGUCUGUAAUGAAUGAUUAAAAAUGUCUGAGACUCCUCAUGUGGAAUUAAAACUGAAAAAAGGAUCAAUCUGUUUUUGUUUUUUUUUAUCAUUCUAACAAACUGGAGUUAUGUUUUAACCAGUAGAGGGCACAGUGGUUAAGUGGUUAGCAUUGUUGCCUCACAGCAAAAGGGUUCCUGCUUCGAACCCUGGGGUGGGGGAGCCAUUCCUUGUGGAGUUUGCAUGUUCUUCCCAUGUCAGCAUGGAUUUUCUCCGGGUGCUCCGGCUUCCCCCCACAGUCCAAAGAAGUGCAGGUUAAUUGGUGACUCUAAAUUGUCCGUAGGUGUGAAUGUGAGCGUGAAUGGUUGUCUGUCUCUGUGUGUCAGCCCUGUGAUAGUCCAGACCUAACUAUCUGACCUGUCCAGGGUGUACCCUGCCUCUUGCCCAGUGUCAGCUGGAAUAGGCUCCAGCCCCCCCGCGACCCCCAACAGGAUAAGUGGAUGAAUGAAUAUAGUUAUAAUAACCUGGAUUUACAUUUUAACCAGAAGAACUUGAACAGUUACACGGUCACAUAUUUGCACCUCAGCAUCAAAUAAAAAGAACAUUUAGAGCUGAAAUUCAAUAUUUAUUAUUUCACA